AUGGAAACAUUCAGUGAGCUAAGUAUUACAGAACAUGAAGUUGAGAUAGUCGUGACUAACAGGGAAGAGUCUGAUGAUCCUGAUGGCUCUCCUCCUGAGGAUUGCUGGGACUUUUCGGUGGCGGUUGCAGGUGGUCCUGGUGUGGGGAAAACAGUCCUGAUACAGGCCCUUUUGGGCUUCACUGAGAAUGGUCAGCAUUCAAGAGCAACUUUUCUGCAUCCUACCAGGCCUGGUGGACCAUUGCUUUAUCUUCAUCCUUCCACCCGGGUUUGACUCUCUGGGAGCUUCCUCUAGAAGAUGGCUGUCCUGAAAAGUGGAUCUCCGAAGCGGACCUCCUUCUUCUAGUUACUGAUGGUCAGUUCUCACAAGCUCACGUUGACCUAGCCAGCAGUGCCUUCAACCAGGGCAAACGACUCUGUCUUGUACGCACUAAAGUGGACUGCAACUUGCAUACCCUGAAGAGGAGGAUGAAGGAAGAGUACAAUCGGGUGGAAGUGCUGUCCGCAUUACGCAAGGUCACCAUACAGCCUUUCAGCAAGGUGACCAAGGAAGAGGCUCCACUGCUGUUCUUGGUGUCGGGCUUUGAACCAAAUAAGUUAGACACCCCAAAGUUGAAGGCAGAGGUUGAGAGGACAUCAGUAGAAUGUGGAAGACCUCUUUGUCUUGCCCAGCAAGGUUAUGAAAUAAUUGGUUAUGAAGAAAUAGCUGAGUUACAGUCUGCAUUGGAGAGAGGUGGGAUUUCAGAGAUGGUCCGGUUUAUCCAGAGUAGCCUGGACUCUCUGCUGGACACUAGAUUUGACCUUGCAAUGAUGGGUGGUAACCCUGACUUUCGCCACUCGAUUCUAAACUCCCUUCGAGGACUUAUCAAUGAAGAGGAUGGAGCAGCACAUGGUGGAAACCCAGAAAAUCCUAUAGAAUAUCCCUGUUUAAAGUACCCUAAGGCCAGCCUGUGGGACCUCCCUUCGAUGGAGAGUCUGGAGUCCCAGCCGAAGAAAUACCUAGAAAGUGUGCACAUCAACCACUAUGACUUCACACUGUUGUUCCUUACACCGUGGCAAGAGGCCUCAAGUAGUUACAAAUCCUUAGUUCUUGAGUUGAAGAAGGAAGGAAGGAAAAGUGCUUUUGUCCAGGACUGUGGUGAAGAUGAUAGCCAGCAAGGAGCAAAAGAUAGUGAUGUCUUUGUCCUGUCUCCUAGUAAAAUUCCAGGUCCUGAUUUCCAUAGGUUUUUGAGUUUUCUGGAGCAGAAGCUCUCCAGCCAGAAGCUACGAGCCUUUAUGCUUUCACUCCCAAACCUCUCUGCAGAAGUCAUUCAGAAAAAAAUGGAGGCACUUUCCCAAGAAGUUUGGAAGGUGGCCUUGCUCUCCAGCCUGGUGGCUAGCGUACCUGUCCCUGGAGUGGCAGUUGUAUGCGACAUGUCCUUACUGACUGCACGUCUGGACACUUAUCGCCAAGAACUGGGCCUAGAUGCCGACUCAUUAGCUAAUCUGUCCCAUAAGUCAGGGGUUCCAGUGCCCACACUUAUGGUAGAGAUCCAGAGCCCUGUGGGUAAAGGAGUAACACGAGAGCUUGUUGGGAAAAUGCUCGGCUCUGCCACAGGUAUUGGGUUGGAAGUUGCAGGAGUGUUCUUGCACAGAUUCCCACUGUUGGGUCCUUUGGCCACUGGGGGGAUAGCUUUCCAUGCCAGUUAUUUAGUACUUACCCGCUGCUUGCAGGCCAUGGUGGAGGAUGCCCAGCGUGUACUUGCCAGAGCACAGUCACCUGCUUAG